CCUUGGGUGGCACGAUGACGGCGAGCGCAGCGCGGCCCGACGACGGCGUCAAGGUCGUCGUCCGCGUCCGGCCGAUGAGCAGUGCCGAGAAGGCCCAGGGUAGCGCCAGCGCCGUGAGCCUCGACUCGACGACCGUCUCGCUCGGGCCCAAGACCUUUGCCUUCGACCACGUGUUUGGCCCGACCGUCGGCCACGACGACGUGUACGCCAAGAGCGCCGCGCCGCUCCUCGAUGGCUUCUUCGCCGGCUACAACGCGACGAUCUUUGCAUAUGGCCAAACCGGCUCAGGCAAGACGUACACGAUGGGCACCAACUUUGACAGCGGCGUGGCCGGCGUCAUUCCGAGCGUCAUGGCCGACGUCUUUGCCCGCGCCGCGACGCUCCUCGACACGAAGAUGACGACGACGGUGCUCAAGCUCUCGUACCUCGAGAUCCUCAACGAAGAAGUGUUUGAUCUUCUCGCGCAUGGGCCGCCCGACAGCCUGCGCAUCAGCGACGACCCGAAGAAAGGCGUCGUCGUCGUUGGCCUGUCCGAGCACACGGUCGCGUCGCUCGAAGACGUCAAGGACCUCCUUGUGCGCGGCGGCAAGCAGCGCGCGACCGCCUCGACAAGCAUGAACGACACGAGCAGCCGGUCCCACGCCAUUUGCACGCUGACCAUGCAGCAGCACCCGGCGUCCGACACGGAGCCUUCCAAGCUCUCCAAGUUUCACCUUGUCGAUCUCGCCGGCUCGGAGCGUGCCAAGAAGACGCAUGCCGAAGGCGACCGCUUCAAAGAAGGUGUGCACAUCAACAAGGCGCUGCUCGUACUCGGAAAGGUCAUUACGUGCCUCAGCGAGAAGAAGAAGGGCAAGCCUGCCUUUGCGCCGUACCGCGAAGCCAAGCUCACGCGGCUGCUGCAAGACAGCCUCGGCGGCAACAGCAAGACCGUCAUGAUCGCGUGCGUGAGCCCCGCCGACGUCAACUUUGACGAAACGACGAGUACGCUCCGGUACGCUGAGCAAGCGCGCUGCAUCCAGAACGCGGCCGUGGUCAAUCGCGAUCCUGCCGAGAGUGAGAUUGUCUAUUUGCGCCACCAAGUCGAGCUGCUCAAGCUCCAGCUGCUGCAGCAGCGUGACGUCAUGGCGAUUCCAGCGGACGUCAAGCAGCUCUACGCCGAGCUGAGCAGCCUGAAGAACCAGCUGCACCAGUUGCGACAGGCCAAGGACCAGUGGAAGGCCCUUGCGCAGGACCACGAGCACGACCCGGACGCUGUCUCGCAGGCUGUCGCCGCCGAGAUGCACGACAUGGAGAACAUUGACGGCGUCAUUGCCGAGAAGGAGGUCAUCAUGAACGCUCUGCAGUCCAAGACAUCGACCGACUCGAUCGAGGUCCGACUGCAGACGCUCCAGGCGCAGUACGCGUCGCAGGUCGAAGCGUGCGCGCACAUGACGCCGUCGCGUCAGAAGUCCAAGCUCGCGGUCGCGACGGCCGCCGAGCAAGAAGUCAAGCGGCUCCAAAAGCUGCAUGCGCAAGGUCUCCUCAAGAUCACGUCGCUGCAGCAGGAGCUCGCGAGCCUCAAGCAGAUCAAGGCGCAGCUCCAGCGACAGCUCGCGCAGGAGGCCAAGGACCAUAUGAAGGAGAAGCGCGACCAAGAGCUCAAGCUCAUGCAGCUCCAGCGCCGCGAUGUGAAGAAGGACAUGCAGCUCAAGAAGCUCGAGACGACGUUUGAGAAGCAGACGUCGCUCCUCAAGCGCAAGAACGACGAGCUCGCCAAGAUCCAAGCCAGCAAGAAGCAAAAGACGGGCAUGCACACGAGCCGUGCGAUCGCUGCUGUCGUCGACGACCAAAAGGCGCUCGUCCACGACGUGCUGGAGGUUGCGCUCACGAUCCAGGGCGCCAAAGCCGCCGUGCAAACCGAGUUUGACCAGCGAAAGGCCCUCGCGCUCGAGCUCAGCAAGCUGCCACCCGCGACCGAGAGCGACGACGACGCCGACGCCAAGCGCGUCGCGUUGGAAGCCGCGCUCGAUAUCAAAAACAAGACGAUCCGCAAGCUCCAGCAAAAGCUCGAGCUGGUCGAGAAGCGGCAGCGCGGGGCGAGCAAGCUGUGUGUGCCAGACGUUGCAAGCUGCCACAAGAUCAUCCGGAGCCUCUUUGAGGUCGCGGUCGCGUCGGCCAAGCAGAGCGACGAGCUCAAGGACAUGGAGACGCAGCUCGUCGCCGCCGAGACGCAGCUCGUGGCGCAAGCCAGCGCCGAGAACUCGGUCGCGGUCGCGUCCACACUGCAAGCCAACCGGGAGCGCGAACUCUUGGACGAGAUUGCGGCGCUGAGAGCACAGCUCGAGACCAAGCGGCGCAAGAAGUCGGGGAUGCCCAAGAACUCGUUCUUGGUCGACGACGAUGGCGGCAUUUCGACCGGCCCCGAGGUCGACGAAGACGACGACGACUCGGACUACACGGACCACCCGCGCCGAAAGGAGCUCAAGGUCUCGGAGAGUGCAGAGACGACGAGCUGUUGCCAGUGCCAAGGCAAGUGCGCCACCAAAAUGUGCGCGUGUCGGGCCCGCGGCGGCGUGUGCAACCUCGAGUGCGCCUGCAGCGCAGCCAAGUGCAGCAACCGCGGCCACGCAGAGAUUGAGAGCGGCGUCCAAGACAUUCUGGACGAGAUCCUCUCUCUCGACGCGGACAAGGAGAACGUGGUACUGGCGACGCCGCGUGUCGAGAUGGUGGCAACGAUCGUCAAGCCAACGACGCAAGGCAGUAGCAGUAAGAAGCGGUCGGGUUUGCCGGUCCGGCGCAAGGGUCUCAACGAGCCCUCGAGCGUCGUCAAGAAGAUCCCGACCAUGCGCCGGCUCUACGACGGCAACACCAACUUUGCUUCGCUGCACUCGCGCCUCAAGAACCUCGCGGGGACGGCGCCCGAAUAGUUUUAGUUAGUUUAGUAUCAUACCAUGUAAGAAUCAAUCACACCCUAGUCAUCCAUCCCA